GGAGCCGGUGGUAUCCUAGCAACUGAGUGACGCGGGGAGAAGUGGAAGAAGCUUUGUCUUGUGUAUAAAGUGUGUGUAAGAUGGCAGGAGGAGACAAGGAGGACACACCGGUCCCAGGAUCCAUGCAGGUUGCCAUAGUGAGGAGGAAUUUAGACCCUUCUUUACAGUGCAAUACACAUGAGUCAUUGUCCCAGGCAUUACUCCGCCUGCGCACGGUGAGACUGGACAGAGAAGGUAUCACAGCCCUGAGGGAUCUGGAGAUGGUAAAUCAGACACACAGCCUAUACCUGCAAAAGAAUCAUAUAAAAAAGAUUGAAAAUUUAGAUGUUCUUAAGAAUCUGCGGUUCCUUAGUCUUUCUGGAAACCAAAUUAAAGAAUUCAAAAACCUUCUCUGUUUGGAGAAGCUCCAGCUUUUGGAUUUAUCCCAUAAUUUAAUCCACAGAUUGGAUAUAGGAGAAUUACCUCAGACAAUCCUCAUUUUGGACCUGACAGGAAAUCCAUGCACUAAAAAUAAAGAUUACAGGCAGCAAGUAUUGGAGGCCCUACCCAUCUUGCAAGAACUGGAUUUAGAAGUUGUGAGAGAUGCUGCUAGCCAGGAGCUCCACAGUGACCGUGAAGAGGAGGAUGGCAAUGAUAGUGAUGACACCAACCUAUCAUUUGAUCAUUCAGGUCUAUCAUCUACGACUCAGGAGAUGCUGCAAAGGUCUAAUCAGAGGAGAAACCGAGCACAGAGAGAACAUGAAGAGCGUCUAUCGGAGCUGAGUAAUACCGAUGCUCAGCCCCUUGACUCAGCCAGGAGGGAUUCCUGCAAGGCAGACCUCCCAGAGCCGUCUACUAUAUCUCCUCAUGGUACAAACCCACAGCAUUCCCCCACUAAGAGCAAGCCAGUCAACACUAUUAUAUCUAAGAAAGAUACAAAGACUCCUGUUUCGAUUGAAAAAAAGGCAAGGGAUAAUCGGAGUGUUGGCACCUCUGUGUUAACCUCCAAACCCAUCACUAAAAAACAGGUAGCAGUCCAACCCACCCAAUCCGAUGCUAGGAUGUCGGUAUUGGCAUUUAACAGGAGCUCUACUAGAAAAGUGCCAUGUCCUGAUCUGCAACCAAAAGUUUCACAAACAAAUAACGUUUCUUCUGGAAGAAUUGGUGGCACAGCUGCAUCUGCACAGAAUGAAAGACAAGCUAGAUCUGCUCCCUCCACCAGAAAAUUACAGUCUGUCCCCAUAAAAAAAACAAUGCAGUCACUCGCUAGAGCUGUCUCUUCUUCAGACACUCAGAAUGAGAGACAAACUGUGUCUGCUCCCUUCUACAGAAAAUUACAGCAUGGAUCCCCCCAUAAAACAGCAACCACUAAACAAGCCCUUCCAUGAUUGUCCUCAAUGUAUAGUGCAUAUGUAAGUUUAAAGGAAAAAAGAACAAUUAUUGUAAUUAGAGCAUUUGGUGAUUGUUUCAUCAAUAUGUAUAUUAAAUUCUAUCAUUAUUAUGGUU